GAAAGUUGAGAAAAAGCCUUUAUAAGAGUUAUAACCAACAGCUUGCAGUUCUAGAUUUGGAUUAAUAUCAUAUAUCAUAAUAACUUGUACAACUACUAUCGACUAUUGAAUUAUUAUCAAUAAAUGGGCAAUUACUCAUUCACCUACUAACUACAGCAUAGAAAUACCACCAGCAUUUUUAAUCAAUUAUUUGAGCCUUAGCUCUGACUGAACUUCAUACAAUUAACUAAACAUGAUGCGGAAAUCUAAGAUUCUUUAUAUGUUAAUAUUAUUUGUGUUCUCUGGAUGUCUACUGUUCGUACUAAAAGCAAAUAAAAACAAUACAAACUUUAUUAGAUCAGGUUCUCAAUCUUUAGAAUCAAAACUUGGAGAAUCUGUUAAGAAAGUUGAUAAAACUGAACAGGUUAAAGAUGUCUAUAGAGAUUGGAUUGAUAAAAGAAACAAUGAAGAAGAUGAAAUAAACAUUAAAGAAGAUGAAGUAAAUAUUAAAGAAGAUGAAGUAAACAUUAAAGAAGAUCAAACAAAAAUUGAGGAAGUUGAAACAAACAUAGAAAAGGAUCGAAUAAAUAUUGAAGAUGGAACAAACAUUAAAGAAGAUCAAAUAAACCUUAAAGAAGAUGAAACAAACAUUAUAGCAGAUCAAACAAAUAUUGAAGGAGAUCAUGAAGUCAAUGAAGAAGAUCAAAUGGACAUUGAAGGAAUGAAUAGAAAAAAUGAAGAUAUUAAUAAAAACAAAAAUGGAAAGAGAGGUGAUGACAAUAAAGAAAACAUAAUAGAUAACAAUCCUGAAAAAGUUAUAAGACCUGGUGUUAUAUCUAAUGUUAAAGAAGAUAAGGGACAUGAAUUAAAAGGUGACACACAGAAUGACAGUCCUCAAAAUUUAAAGGAACCAAAAGCGAAUUCUGAUGAAGACAUGUCAACCAUAUUGAAAAAGGCACCAUAUGCUAAAAUGGAUCUUGGAGAUGUUGUGAAUAAACCAAAGGACGGACAUAAUCAUGUGUUCUUUUUGAAGACUCAUAAAACAGGAAGUUCGACGGUUCAGGGAAUUGUAAUGAGAUAUGGCGAUAAAAGGAACUUGACUUUUGCUUUACCACGGACCCAAGGUAGUGCCAUAGCAUACCCUAGGUUAUUUUCAAAACAAUUUGUUCAGCCGUUGAAAAAUGUUUCCAAGUUUGAUAUUCUUUGUAACCACUUAAGGUAUCACUCUAGCGUACAUAAUAUUCUGCAUAAAGACACUAUUAACUUUGCCAUUCUUCGAAACCCUGUUGGACAAUUUACGUCAUCUUUUUUCUAUAGACGUCUCGGAGAAGUUUGUUACAACAUGUCAAGUAAUGUAAAAAAUUCACUUGGUGAAUUUCUAAAUAAUGUAUCCUCUUAUACAAAAAUGUUCCCAAAGUGCAAAAAGCCAGGGAUUACGAACAUGCAGCUAUUUGACUUAGGAAUGGAGGAAAAUAUGACCAAUAAUAAAGAUGCUAUUUUACUUAAAAUCCAAGAAAUUGAAAGGAACUUUCAUUUUGUACUUAUAUCAGACUAUAUGAAAGAAAGUUUGAUUUUGAUGAAAGAUAUUCUUGGAUGGAGUAUUGAUGAUAUCGCAUUUUUCGAUAAAAAUGUUCGUUUAGAUCGAAAAAAUGAUGAGUUAACAGAAUUACAAUUGAAAAAUCUUCAAUCGUGGAAUCAUGGAGAUUUCUUGUUGUAUGAGCACUUUAACAAAACAUUUUGGAAAAAGGUUCAUGAUUAUGGGUAUGAGCGUUUACAGCGAGAAGUUGAAGAACUCACAAGACAUAAUGAUGAUCUUUAUGAGUUUUGUGUUGCAACUGAGGGAUCAUCAAAAGAUGCAGCUAUAAAAUCAAACAAUCAGUUUGGUGCAGUUUGGAUGGCUGAACAUGUAAAUGGAUUCAUACUACGUGAUAAAGCCAGAGGAAACAAAACUUGUGAACAGCUGGCGAGAUAUGAAGUGGCAUAUACACAUUAUGUGAGAGGGAAAAUGAAAAAGUUAAAUUAUUUAUGAUUAUGGUUUGUCUAGGAAAUUGUUUGCCACGAUUUGAAGCUUCCGAAGCAUUAUAGGUUUAAUUAUCCUAUCAUGUGGAGGGCAUUUGUUAAGUACUUCUGUUCAGAACUCAAACAGUGUCGAUAAUAGUUACAGUAAGAUAUGUAUGUUUUGAUUGUAGUAUACAAUAUAUUCAUAGAUAUAUUGUAUUUCCCUCA